GCCACGCCCCCUCUCCCUCCUCUCGCGAGACCCGCCGCGCGCGGCGGCACUUCCGGGUCGGGCGGGUGUUUGAGUGUAGGGACAAGAUGGCGGUGGAGUCGCGCGUCACGCAGGAGGAGAUUAAGAAGGAGCCGGAGAAGCCGAUCGACCGGGAAAAGACAUGCCCUCUGCUGCUUCGAGUCUUCACCACCAACAAUGGGCGACACCACCGCAUGGAUGAGUUCUCCCGUGGCAAUGUGCCCUCCAGUGAGCUGCAGAUCUACACCUGGAUGGAUGCGACUCUGAAAGAGCUGACCAGCUUGGUGAAAGAAGUUUACCCAGAAGCACGGAAGAAGGGCACGCACUUCAACUUUGCAAUUGUUUUUACAGAUCUCAAGAGGCCUGGGUAUAGGGUGAAGGAGAUUGGCAGUACCAUGUCGGGCAGGAAGGGCACGGAUGAUUCCAUGACAUUGCAGUCUCAGAAAUUCCAGAUAGGAGACUACUUGGAUAUUGCCAUUACUCCUCCGAAUCGCGCACCGCCCCCAUCAAGCCGCAUGAGACCGUACUAAAGUCUUGCUGCUUUGUAUGGUUACAUCUUCUGUUUCUUCCUACUUGCUGUUUUAAAGCAGGCUUUAUUUUUUUUUUCGCUUUUGUUGCUAAGCGAGAAAACCUGAAGGCAAAAGCUGAGCAUCAGAAAUGGAAGCUAGCUUUUAAACCUUAACUUUUUAGUUUAUUUGUUUAGAAGAAACGCUUACCCCUAGCAAUGCUGUUACCUACCCCUGAUUGUUAUAGUUUGGAUAGUAAGUCCAGUGUUUCCAGUUUUCCAUAAAAUACAAGUGGAAGGAUUACAGGUGCUCUGUAGUAAAGAUUGAUGUUCUUAACCUUU